CAACUUAACCAUGAGGUCUCAUUGCUCGGAAGCACAUACAACUGUUCGAGCUUGCAAAGGACUUCUUGGGAACUACACUACUUUCACCAUGGCGGACAACGAGGUCGAAGCGCCACCCAUCAAUGUGACCAUCAAAGGCCCGUCCGGACUCUCGCUCUCUGUCAGUAUCUCGCCCGAUGCAAACAUCAGCAAGCUCAAGGAGGAGAUCGCGAGCAAGCGCGAGGACUUCCCAGCGGAUAGCCAGCGGCUCAUCUACAGCGGCAAGGUGCUGAAGGACGGGCAAACGGUCAAGGAGUACAAGGUGCAAGAUGGGCAUACGAUCCACAUGGUCCGGUCCGCUGCUUCUGCGCAUACCGCUCCGUCUGGCGGGAGCGCACAGCCAGCCGCGAGUGCAGCGGGCUCAGCACGGGUAAGCGCAGCAGGCACGGGCGCAGGUGUAGGGACAACGUCAGCAGCGACCAGCGCCGAAGCACGAGGUGUGCCGGCCAAUUUCGGCGCAGGGCAACAGUUCACCAACAACCCGCUCUCGGCUCUGAACAGGGCCGACCUGGCGGGACCGCAUAUGGCCAAUUUCAACCCGUUCGCUGGAACAGGUGUCAACUUGAACGAUCCGAACAUGAUGAUGAACCUUCUGGAAGAUGAAGGCUUCAGGGGACAAAUGCGCAGUGCGCUUGCAAGUCCCGAAGUUGUGGACCAGAUAGUAUCCUUGAACCCUCAACUAGCAAGCAUGCGCCCGCAACUACAGCAGAUGCUGCAGUCUGAGCGAUUCAGGGAGAUGCUCACCAAUCCGGAGAUGAUGCGACAGGCGCAGCAGAUGCAGGCCAUGUUUGGCGGCGGAGGCGGAGGAGGGUUUGGCGCCGGGGCUUUGUUUAGUGGACUUGGCGGUGCUGGCGGCGGAGCAGGGGGAAGAGGAGCAGCCGCACAAUGGCCACCAGUCGGUGCUUUUGCGCCUAGGACAGGAAGCAGUGACCCCACGACCGGGACCGGGGCUGGGACUCAGGCUGGGUCGGGUGCUGCUGCGGGUGCUGCUCCAUCUCCAGGCGCUGCAGGCGGAGCGCCGCCCAAUUUAUUCGAGAUGCUGGGCCAAAUGGGUGGCCUCGGCGCAGGUGGAGCUGGUGUGGGCGGUGCAAAUCCCUUUGGAGGGAUGAACCCGGAGCUGAUGCGGAGCCUGAUGGGUGGCAUGGGCGGCGCGGGGGGGCUCUUCGGUGCGGGCGCCGGCCCAGGAGCAGGCGACAUUCGACUGCCCGAGGAGCGCUACGCGACGCAACUGGAGCAGAUGCAAGGUAUGGGUUUCACAGAUGGGGCGAGGAACUUACGAGCGCUCCUCAUGAGCGGCGGGAGUGUAGAAGGGGCGAUCACGAUCUUGCUCGAAGGUGGCGCCCAGUAGCGUGCGUAUAAAAGCUAUGGUUCUCAUACCUCAUUCGAGUAUGGAGCGCUUGCAUCGUGAACGAUGUUGCACUACAAAACGUU